CAUGCGCCUGCGGGAGCUGUCCCUGCGCCAGGACCCCGACCUGCGCCAGGAGCUGGCCGCGCUGGCCCGCGGCUGCGACUUCGUGCUGCCGUCCCGCUUCAAGAAGCGCCUCAAGGCCUUCCAGCAGGUGCAGCGCAGGAGGGAGGAGCCUCUGCCGCCGGCCCCCAGCCGGGACAUCCCCGCCUUCUACUUCCCCAGAGGCCGCCCGCAGGACACCGUCAACGUGGACGCCGUCAUCGCCCACAUUGAGAGGACCUUUGCCGACUUCCCGCAGGAGAGGGCCACCAUGGACGACAUGGGCCGCGUGGCCAAGGCCUGCGGCUGCCCGCUCUACUGGAAGGGGCCGCUCUUCUACGGCGCCGGGGGAGAGCGCACGGGCUCCGUCUCCGUGCACAAGUUCAUCGCCAUGUGGAGAAAGGUCCUGCUGAGCUGCCACGACGAUGCCGCCAAGUUCGUGCACCUGCUCAUGAACCCCGGCUGCAACUACCUGGUCCAGGAGGAUUUCGUCCCCUUCCUUCAGGACGUGGUGAACUCCCAUCCCGGCUUGUCCUUCCUGAAGGAGGCAUCCGAGUUCCACUCGCGCUACAUCACCACCGUGAUCCAGAGGAUCUUCUACACCGUGAACAGGUCCUGGACGGGCAGGAUCACCUGCGCAGAGCUGCGCAGGAGCACCUUCCUGCAGAACGUGGCGCUGCUGGAGGAGGAGCCGGACAUCAACCAGCUGACGGAGUUCUUCUCCUACGAGCACUUCUACGUCAUCUACUGCAAGUUCUGGGAGCUGGACACGGACCACGACCUGCUCAUCGACGCCGACGACCUGGCCCGGCACAACGACCACGCCAUCUCCACCAGGAUGAUCGAGAGGAUCUUCUCGGGGGCCGUGACGCGGGGCAAGAAGGUGCAGAAGGAAGGGAAGAUCAGCUAUGCCGACUUUGUGUGGUUCCUGAUCUCCGAGGAGGACAAGAAGACCCCCACCAGCAUCGAGUACUGGUUCCGCUGCAUGGACCUGGACGGGGACGGCGCCCUGUCCAUGUUCGAGCUGGAGCACUUCUACGAGGAGCAGUGCCGCCGGCUGGACAGCAUGGCCAUCGAGGCCCUGCCCUUCGAGGACUGCCUCUGCCAGAUGCUGGACCUGGUGAAGCCGCAGACCGAAGGGAGGAUCACCCUGCGCGACCUGAAGAGGUGCAAGCUCGCCGGCGUCUUCUUCGACACCUUCUUCAACAUCGAGAAGUACCUGGACCACGAGCAGAAAGACCAGAUCUCGCUGCUCCGGGACAGCGACAGCGAAGGGCCCGAGCUCUCGGACUGGGAGAAGUACGCUGCCGAGGAGUAUGACAUCCUGGUGGCCGAGGAGGCUGCAGGGGAGGCCUGGGAUGACGGGUACGAGGCGGAGCUGAGCCCCGUGGAGCAGAAGCUGAGCUCGCUGCGUCCAGCCCUGGCCCAGAGGCCCUUCUUCGAGUCCCCGAGCCCGCUGGGGGACGUCGAGCUGUACGAGUACGAGAGCGAGGAGGAGGAGGAGGAAGAGGAGGAGGACCUGCAGCCGUCCUGAGCUCCGGCCGGCGUCUCCUCCGCGCGCACUGCGACGCAGGGCGGCUGGCGUGGGGCUGCUUGUCUGCGACGGGGGAGGUUCGCCCAGCGUGAAACUGCGCAGGGCGGCUUGGCCGUGGGCGUGUCCCACCCAUCCCGGGGGCCCGACGACCCCAGGCCGGGCCUGGCAGGAGAGACAGUGGCCUCUGGGCACCCCAAGGUGGGGCCAGCCGCCGUGGGCCCUCCCUCCAUGCUGCGCCCGGCACUCCCAGGUCCGGACAGGGAGCGGCGGAGGCCUCACGGGUUCCCGGGGGCGCCCACGGCCGCCGGCACCCAGCAGUGCAGCUGUGGGCCCCCGGUCGGCUGCCACCAGCACCCUGGCCCUGUCCAAGGGAUUGUACAGAAUUUGUAAAGCUCCUUUUUCUCUUGCCGUGCAGAGCUGUUGAAAGAUGUUUUAUGAAAUCGUUUGUACUUUGCAAUAAAGAAUGGU